AGAAGAAGAAGAAGAAGAAGAAGAAGAAGAAGAAGAAGAAGUAAUGGCAAGUUUUGAUGUUUCUUCCUUAUUUACUAACGUACCUAUCAACAGAGCGUUGGAUAUUAUUUAUGCUUGUUUAGAAUCUGAUUUGGAUUUACAUUUACGUUGCCCGUUAGAUCCAUCUGAGUUUAUCAAGUGUUUGGAACUAUGUUUAAGGUCCACCUUAUUCAUAUUUCGAGGAGAUCUAUACAGACAAAAAGAAGGUAUAGCUAUGGGUUCACCAGUUUCUCCGAUUGUUGCGAAUUUAUUCAUACAUUCACUCGAAACUAGUGCAAUCGCAAGAAGUGUUUGUCCACCAAAGGUCUGGCUACGGUAUGUAGAUGACAUUUUUGUUAUCAUUAAACAGGACUAUUUGGAAGAAUUGUUUACAAAUGUGAACAACAUUUCGGAACAAAUUAAUCUAACGAAGAAAAUAGAGUCUGAUGACCACAAACUGGCAUUUCUCGACUGUAUGGUUGAACGAAGACUUAAUAAUAGGAAGUUGAAAAUAAAUGUUUUCAAAAAAUCAACACAUUCAGAUAAACACUUAGAUUUUGAUUCGGCGCAUGCUUUAUGUACGAAAGUCACAGUUGUUAAAAAUUUAAUUAACAGAAGUCUGAAGCUUGUUACAGAUGAAGAAGACCAACAAUUUGAAUUGAAUAGGAUUUUAGCUACACUUAGGGAUAACAACUACCCAAAAGAGUUUUUAAAGAAGAUUGUUAGAAAGGAAAGAAAAGCUAAACUGCAACAUGUACAGAAAGAUUGGAAGUCCACUGUAGUCAUACCAUACCGUAGCGAAACAUCGGAAGAAAUCAAACGGAUUGUAAACAAACAUGAUAUAAGAGUGUAUUUUAGAACUUGUGACACUAUAAGAUCGUCAUUGGUGAAGGUUAAGGAUAGGGUACCAAAGGAAGAACAACAAAAUAUUGUCUAUGAGAUCAAUUGUCAUGAUUGUAAUGCGGCUUAUAUUGGAGAAACAUCCAGAUAAUUGAAGGUAAGGUUGAAAGAACACAAACAGUGUUUAAAAAACGUUCCCAAAACCUCGGUUGACAUAAGGAAACUUGAGAAUAAGUCUGCAAUAGCGCUACAUGUGUUAGAAACAGGACGCAGGAUUAGUUUUGAAGGGGCCAAAAUACUUCAGAAAGGUUUCAACACUCACAAAGAAAGAUUGACAGCAGAAGCGCUGUAUAUAUGGGCGAAUAAGAACAGCCUAAACAGAAAGGAUGGUAUUCAGCUAGCUACCACUUGGCAAAUAUUCUUCAGCAAGUAAUUUGACCUUUUCUUUUAUUCAACCUGUUUACUUCACAUGAAUCGUUAUUAUGACUGAAAUCAAUAUGAGUUAUGUUUAACAUUACAAUUUAUGUACUUGAUGAUUCUCAUUUUAUUUGCAACUUCGAUGAUUCAGAAAGGAGAAAAACUUUUCAACCUUCAUUAUGCACGUUUAUUCCUAUUUUACUUCACAUAGAAACAUAUCAACACUGAAUAUCAUUCAUCAUUAAUAACUCAUCUUACACAUACAUACAUACACACAAUUUAUGCAGUCUCGUUUAAUUCACAUCGUUGAACUUUUCACUUGAUUCUCAUUCAACUGUCUCAUAUUAUCCUGUUGUACAAAAACUUCGACAUCCAAAUAUGAUUGGAUUAAAAAGUAGUAGAGAUUUUGAUAUGAUUGUAAAAACACUAUAUAUUUCUUUGAUGUUUUUGAUUUUGAUUAUUUCCCUGAAGAAGUCCAGACAAGUUAGCUGGACGAAACGUUGGAAUUAUUUAAACUUCAACCGCUGAGACUAUUUCAAUUAUAAUUUUUUCACAUAUAAUGUAUUUUGUAAUAACUUCCCCCUUUUGUACUGGAACCGCGUUUUUCGAUUUCGAAUAUAUCUGUUGUGCCAGCACACCGUGUUUUCACUUCCGAAGCACUUGUCUGUCC